AUGUCCCAUCAGCCACCGAGGGAUUUGUCUUUGCAUGGUAGACUCAACGUGCCCGCACUCAUUCGGCUAGCUAAGAGGCUACGAAACACAACCUGUACAUAUGAUCCUUCCCAGACACCGUUGGCCGGUUGUUUCAAUUGGGCGGUCGUACUCUCGUUCGAUGACGGCGUGGAAUGGCUCCUUCGAUCGCCGCGUACGAGCUAUGCCCUAAACGAGACGACGGCGGGAGCAGUGCUUGUCAGCGAAGUAGCCACGCUCAGGUAUAUCAAGCAGAACAGCUCUAUUCCCGUUCCGGAUGUGUAUCAUUACAGUUCCUCUAAGAACAAUGAACUCGGUCCAAAGGAAAUACCGAUCAAGCACGGCAGUUCAAGCCGACUACUAACGGCCGAGCAGAAGCAAAAGGUCAUGGUCCAGUUGGGUAAACUCAUGGAUCAGCUAUCACAUCUUCGAUUUGAUAAAAUAGGUUCCCUGUUCGAAGAGGAAGGGUGCUUCAGGGUGAAAUCAUGUCUACUGCCUAGCUUCCUCUUCCAUAACCGGUACGAACUGCAAGGGAUCUGUCGAGGGCCUUUCAGCGAGGAGAGUGAGUACUACAGGGCCUUACUUUCAGUAUACUUUGGGCAUAUACAACAUCUGCCACUGGGGUAUCACGCUCUAUUUGCUCCUGUGCCGGUCCCCAAGGAGUACGACUGCUAUGCUAGCUACCUAGCGGCAACAGGUCGGUGGAACGAUUUUGUAACGCUAGGCUCCCGAAUAGAGAAUAGCGGGAAUAGGUUGGAUUACUUUGUUGCAGGGCAGUUUCUCGAGAAAAUGAUACCAAGACUCACGAACGACCUUGAGGAAUGCAACAAUCAUCAUAAUGGAAGAUUUGCUCUCUACCACCCUGAUCUAAGUGCGAACAACAUCUUCAUCGACGACGAAUGCAAUAUAACUUGCAUUAUUGAUUGGGCAUUCGCCUCCACUGUACCGAUAAACCUUCUCCUAGCCACACCAGGCCUACCCCACCCAAGGGAUGAGUGGGAGCUCUCGUUGACUUCCGCAUUCAGAUCUGGCUUCACUAGUCAGUCUUGUCUUGGAUCUUGGGAAAAAAGUAGGAUGAUUUGGCUUUUCAUGCGUUUGGUCAACAUGGAUUCUUUACAGGAUUACCAUUUAUUAGCGGAGCUCUAUACAUUGGCGAAUGGCCCGCAAUCUACCCUCCUAUUGCAUGCGUUCAACGAACAAUAUAAUCAGCCAGCUGUUACAGAUAUGCGAAAUAUCCUUUCUGCUGAUGACGAGACAGCAACCGACGUCGAGCGGCACGAAAAGGACUACUUCUCUAGCAUGGGCUUGGACCGCCAUGCGGUGGCUAGGAAGGUAAAUUUGGCAGCAAACCUGAGCACCACUUUUGUUGCGGAUAAGCGACUUUGGCAAUGGAUCGAAAGGGCACUUCCCGCUGAUUCAGUGGCACCUAAUUGA